AUGAACAGCAGCAGACCCUUACUGCAUUUGGAAUUGAAAUUCCUCGACAUUGGAAAGCAUGAAGUACAAAUAUUACCUGUAACGGAUUUCACAAGAGCUGUAUCUCCUCGAAGAGCGCAGAGAGUCGGAGCUUUACAUAAAAUAGGGAACACUUUUAUUCAGCCAUUUGGGAAUGUUGAUUUGGCAUCUUCUUUGAAACCACAUUCUCAACUAAAGGGACUUGUAAAAGAAAUUGAGAAUUCUUUUGUCCGUGGCUCUAAAAGCUAUACAUAUUAUAAAUGUAAAUAUUUCACAUUAAACUACUAUCCACCUAGCCAUUUCCUGUCUCUUUUCCGAAAGAGUAAACCUGCUGUCUCUGUUACUCCUACGAAGAAACCUCCUGCUAUUUUCAACGGCAAAUUGCUUCAGAAUAAUAUUAAACAGGAAGAUCUUGCGUUAAUAUCUAGAAUAUAUUCAGAUUCAAGGAAACAAUAUCCGAGGAACUAUUCAUUUUGGAGAAGGAAUAGUCGUCGUAUUUUGAGAGAUGAGUUUCAGAUGGAAUGGUGUGCCCUCUAUGGACAUAUAGCUGUCGAUGAACAAAUAGCUAUGAAAAGAGCUUUGACAUCUGAAAAAACCGUUGAAUUGAAAGAUUACAAAUGGCUGGAUGAUAAAGGAAGGACAAAAAUUGGUGUAUCUAAAGAUGGAUUCUAUUCUUACCAAUUACAUUAUUUCCCUGUGUCAUAUAAUUGGGAUGAAUUCCUUUCAGAACUUAGGAAAAGUGUUAGAGUUGUAGCUUAUUUGAAGUGGAAGAAAUUUGAAUGUGACCCCAAUACGAAAAAGAAAUCGAACCAGAAUGUAAAUGAUUCCGUAAAUAUUGAUAGAUUCAAUAGAAUUCUUGAAGAGAUCGAUAUGCCGAUUCGUUUAGUACGAACACGCAAUAUAGAUACGGUUACUGCAUCUGCUUCCGACGAUGAUACUACCAAUACCAUCACUGCUGAUAACAGUUCGGAUUUAUAA